UUCUGAUACCAUGUAAGCUUGGUGAAAUCAGAGGAAAUAAGUGAAGAAGAUAACUUUCUUAUUGAUUGUUUUUUGCUUAGUUUUGACGCUUACAAUAUGAGCUAAUAUAAAGAGAGUUUGUGCGCUUGAGUACAUAGAAGAUAGAGGACAGCUCAGCAUGUGACAGCACACAAUCCUAAGGUUUCAAAUCGGUUUGAUAGCUGUAAAUCCUAAGCUGCAAAACUCGUAUGAGGACCACCUUUUGACGUCAUAGACUCUGAUCCUUUGUGACCGUUGAGAGAGGAAGAGAUGGGCUUGCAAGAUGUAUGUUGAGUAAUUGCUUGGGCCUCAACUGAAGUAUUUGCGGCCUUUGGGCUUAUAGCUGGUUGAUGGGAAAAGCUGAGUGUUGAGGAUUCGAUUCUCUUCUAGCAGCAUCUGGCUUCUUAUGUAAACCUCUCAAAAUAUCAGCCAUUGAUGGGUCAGAAGCAGAUGUAAUCCUAGUAGCUUGUCUCUUAGGUUUAACGUUAUUGGAGCUCUGCAAAGUAACGACAAGAAACUAGCAGAAUAGGUCAUUAAAAGAACCAUUGAUUUGGAACAAGGAUACUAGAAGUAGUAGUAGAUAAAUCAGGUAGCUGAUUACUAUGUCCUUUCUCAUUACUCAUCUCUGAACCAAACACACAGCAAAGCAACAUUAUCAGAAACAUACUUGAUGGACAAGCAAUCACAAAGCAAAGUUAACUCAGAAGAAAGACUUUCUAAUUAAGGAUGUUAAACACACACAAAAAAAAAACAAAGCGAUAUUCAGAAAUAGUACAAGACAAAUGCAAGAAUAGCAAUUAACUUUAGGUUAAUUCUAUGAAUCAAGAUUGGUAGCAAAGCAGGGAAAAAAAGGAACAACUGUUCUUUAGGGUCUACAAAAAUGCGAAAAGGGUUAAGAAAUUUGAGCAAUACUUUGUUUCCUUUCACCUUCUCACUAUACUUCCAAUCAAACAAACUCGAAAGCAAAAAAAAAAAUCAAGAAAGAAAGGAAGAAACUUAUCGAAAGAAACCUUGCUGAGAAGAUGGAGAACUUAAGAACACAGAAAAACCUCUCUCUUAUCCCCUCUCUCUCUUAACUCUCUCAAAGACCCCAGCUUUCUCCGGCUUGCUCCGGCGGCUCUCCGCAGCUCUUUUCUUCUCUCCUUGUUUCUUCGCAGCCUCCGAUAUGUUGUUCAACCCUGAUGCCGAUGAAGCUGAGUCAUAUCAGAAAAAGCUCUGCUUUGGUGGGUGAUUUCCGGCCUUCCUCCACGGAGCGUUGGUGUGGUGACGAGGCUUGGCUUGUGGUGUGUCGGAGGUGAAUUCGGCUCUUUGGGUCGUGGUUGGAUUAGAUCUAGGUUUUCACCUUGCUCUCGUUACGGCGGUGGGAGCGCGUGACCGAGAUUGGGCUUCUCCUCUCUCCGGAUCUGGUGGGUUGACGUCAAUCUUCAGGCUGGGUAGGAGUCUUCCGGCGUCGUGGGUAGCUUCGUCUGCUCAGUGUCGAGCAGCGUAUGUCUUCCUCUCUGUUUCCGGUUUAGUUGGCCUUCAGUGUGUCUCCGGAGGCGCGUCCUCAGUUGGUGAUGGUUGCUGUGUGGUAACGUUAGCUACUGUGCUGUUCGUGAGGCGCUGCCGGGUUCGGAUUCAAGGCGGGCCCGUCUAUGACCUGCUCUUUUGACUCCUUCGAUGGUUGUUUCAGCUUCGCUCUCUCGGUAUGCUGUCUGCUUUGAUUGUUCAUGGUGGUUUUCUUCCUCUCCGGCUCAUCGUAGUUACACUUCGGUUCUCCCACGGUGGUGUAGCUCGGAUGAGGCUUAUUGGAGCUAGGGCUGGUUCUCAGUGUUAGCGCGAGUUGGCGAUUCUUGAGUUCCUAUUGGUCAUGGGAAGGAUGGUUUCGUCGAGGGAGGCUCGUGCAAGGAUAUGUCAUCCCAGCUCCUUUGGUUCGAGCCACUUUGGCUCGCAAAGGAGGGUGUUUCCUUGGUCUAAUUUGUAGGAUAGGAAGAACGACAUCAGUAUGUGGCUCUCACCAAGCCCGCUUUCUGCUGUGGCUCGCAUUAGUUUCUGAAGUCGAGUAAAUAAAUGUGACUUCUUGAGGUUUGGGUGGGACUAACCUGAUGGCGCUCUUGGAGCUCUCGGCUAGAGUAGAGGUGUCUGGCUUCGAACUUCAGUGUUUCCUAUUGCCGGUGGUAGUUGGGAGGCUUUGGUUUCCUUUGACUCAGUUUAAAAAUCUGUCCGGAGAUGGUAUCAAUUAUUUGGAGUAGCGCUGCGGGGAAGCCAAAAUUACCAAAGCGUGGUCUCAUGUAUUAUAAAAGGUAUCAUCAACAUUUGGCAAUGUUCUAUUGUGGUCAAGCGACUACUUCUGCUCUGCUUGUAAUCUUCUGUUAAAAUGUGUUUUCAUUGUCCCAAAAAUCUUAGUUGUUGCUUAUUCUUUUAUUCCCAUGUUGUUUAAUUUAAUUUCUCUGCUACUUGUGUCUGUGUAAUUUCUGUCAAAAACUCUGAAAAUUGGUAUAAAUCUUAACAUUUUUAUCAAAAAAGAAAAAAACCUUGCUGAGAAAGAAGACGAUUAAUGGCAAAGUUUUGGUGCAUAUUGCAUUCUAGAAGCAUUGCACGGAUCUCUUGUUCGGAGUGUUCCCUUAAUAUUACAUGCACCCUCAGAACCGCCUUCGCCAUGGCUACCUCCUCGGCGUUUACGUUUCUUUCACAGCUGCGCAUCUAAACGAAGAAGAACAAACAAAAGGAUUCUCUCUCUCUCUGGCUUCUUCUUGGCUUGAGUAUCAAGAAACUGUCACGACCUAACUUCUUCACUCCACCAACUCCACCCAUUAACACAUCUAUUAAACCCACCUUCUCCACUAUGUCACCUACAAUUAAAAGAAAAGAAAAAUCAGAGAGAAGAGAAGAGUAGAGAAGAGAAGGGAAGAGAAAAGAAGAGAAGGGGAGGUGAGAAGAAGGAUUCGGAGAGGUUGAGGUCGUCACCGGAGUUCGUUAUAGCCUCUGCACCCCGUGACCGUGUUGAGCUCGCCACCACCGUUAAUCGCAGGUAACCACCGCGAAAAUCCCAUGAUUUAAGUUCAGUUUCGGUUCCGUUUAGUAAAUCGCCCAUAACUUCCUAACCGUUGAGAAUUUCGUGCCUUCAAGACCAUCAUCGUGUUCCUCUCGUCAAGACGAAGCCAUAGACACCAACCGCACCGCGAUUGGAGCCCGUACGAGCCCUCACGCGCCUCCAGAAGAUCACCCUGCGCGCGCGUGUGAAACGCACGCGCCGCCGCCGCUACCGCAGCUCCGCCGUCCUCCGCCGUCGCCGCCGGCCAACUUUCCGAUUUGGAGUCCAUUUGAGCAGUUGGAGUUCAUAGAUACCACUCCUCUUCCUUGCUAAGAUGCCGCCAAAGAGAAGAGCCAACCGUGCCCAGAUCGACAGAGAUGCUAGAGAGGCAGGAGCUGAACAUGAGCAGCGUGCAGUUCCCCAGCCUGUUGCUCCACCGAUUGAUCAGGAGGCCAUGAGGCAGAUGGUUUUGGAUGCAGCUAGACAGGCUGCUCAGGAGGCAGUUCAGCAGAUUGCUCAGGAGGUUGCUCGUCAGAUGGCUCCAGUUCAGCAGUUUCCCGCUCAGCAGUUUGCUCAGGGUGCUCAGGAUCUACCGCCACCACCACCUCGACCACAUGUUUACCCAGUUUAUGAUGAGAGGUUUUACAGGCUGACAUGCCAGAUGAGGAAUAUGGAUAUGGAGCAUUUUAGCGGGACAGUGGAUGCUAUAGCUGCAUAUGAUUGGAAGCUAAAUCUGGUACGGAAGUUGGAGAUUAUUGAAUGUCCACCGGAGAUGUCUCUUAGAUUGACUAUGCAUUAUUUGCGUGGAGAUGCACUAGUGUGGUGGGAAGGAAUUCGUUUGAACCAUGUUGGACCAGAGAGGCUUACCUUUGAAGAUUUCAUCCGCGAGUUCGAUAGGAAGUACUUCCCGAAGGAAGCUAUGGAUAAGCAGAAAACAGACUUUGAUCAUGUAAGCCAGGGUGAGAUGUCUGUCAGGGAGUAUGAGCAGAAGUUUAACCAACUUCGCAGAUUUGCUGGGACUGGAAUUUCAGAGGAGGACCUGAUCAGGAAGUUUUUGGAUGGGAUGCGGGUCGAUAUUCGUAACAGGUGUCAUGUCGUCACUUACCAUAGAUUGGGAGAUUUGGUGGAGAAAGCUUCUGAGCAGGAGGCAGGACUGGAAGAAGAGCGGAAAUUUACGAAAGCAUUUCAGGUUAAGUCUGGAAAAGCUCCCGAGUCCCAGAAGAGAACAGGGGACCAGUCUGAAUCACAUGAUUGUUUCCGUUGCCGUCGCCGUCAUAGCGGAAAGUGCUUCAAGUGUUUUGUUUGUGGUCAGUGGGGACACACUUCGAGAUAUUGUCACGAUAAGCCAGUGGAUACGCCUCCAGUCAGACAGGUUGAAGCCCCAGCAGUGGCCAACGUGAUUUGUUACGGUUGUAACCAGUCUGGUCAUAUCUUCAGAGAUUGCCCGAAGAGGAGUAAUGCGGCGCUUCCACCACCACCAAAGCGUCUAGCCAUCGCUCCACGUGUAUUUACAGUUGGAGAUCACCAGGGAGCCGAGCCGAUAGCGGGUGAGAUCAAUGAGCAGGAGUGAUCCUAUCAGACUUGGGCUUCUUGGUGCUAUUUGGGGCUUUUGGGCUUUUACUACUAUCGGGCUUUGGACUUCUAUCACUCUUUUCGUUUUAUCGCUUUUGGGCAUUUGAGCUGCUAUCUAUCGCUUAUGUUUAUUUCUCAUUUCAAACUUUUGGUUUAUGUCGUAUUUUAUAUUUCGGAUGUUAUCGUUAUCGGGCCUUUUGGCCUUAUGCUAUCGUAUUGACUUUUAUAUUAUGAUGGAGAUUAUUAUUAUUA